CCCCCCCCCCCCCCCCCCGCCCACCCCUCUCUCUCUGUGAAGCUCGAAUCAGCCCGACCAACGAGCAAACGCUGCUUCUCUCUCUCUCUCUCUCUCUCUCUCUCUCUGUCUGUGCUCAGUUUCAGCUCUGUGGGCCGCCGGAGUGUUAUGCUGAUCGGAGGGCGGUGGUGAUCGGGGGGGAAUCUCCGGACGGACAUGGGCGCGUGCGUCUCUGUGCCACGGGCAUGCGUCGGUGGCAGGCUGAGGUCGUCGAAGAAGAAGAAGGCGACCCCGACGGCCAACGCCACCUCCCGGAAGAGGCGGAGGGCGAUCCGCAGGAGGGUGUCCUCCCAUCGAUCCUCCGACGGAUCGCUCGAAAAGGUCGAUCCCAGACACCACGAUCGCUCCUUCAAUAACCCCGCCUUUCAAGGAGGAAGCAUUGAGGAAGCAUGGUUCGAUUCAGUUGCAGUAUUCGAUUCUGAUUGUGAUGAAGAUGACUACAGGAGCGUCCCUGAUGAUGUGCUGUCACUUAAUGGCUUGGAAGGGGCCUCCAGAUCAAGUACUGCCUCACUCAGAGAUUCCGUACAUGGAGAAAGUUUCCAACGUAUCUCUUCUAUUGAUCAGAUGCACAGACCGGCUGAUAUGCUACCUGGUAACUCCGGUGCUCAUGGUUUGCAUUCAGACGAUAUUGAUGCCAAUGCAAGAUCCAAUGAAGUAAAGAAACCUGUCUUCAUAGACGAAAUCUCUUCAUCUACAGAUGAAACGGUGGGAAAGGAGGAGGGAUUGCUGGAUAAUUGUGGGAUGAUUCCAGGCAACUGUUUGCCUUGUCUCGCUUCGACUGUGCCCUCAAUUGAAAAGAGAAGAUCAUUGAGCUCUAGUCCACCAAGUGCGAGAAAAAAAGUUACGUCAAAGCUUUCAUUCAAGUGGAGAGAAGGGCAUCCUAAUGCUACGCUUUUUUCGUCAAAGACUUUUCUGCAAAGACCUAUAGCUGGUUCUCAAGUGCCCUUUUGCCCUAUCGAAAAGAAAAUGCUUGAUUGUUGGUCAUUCAUUGAGCCAAGUUCCUUCAAAGUUCGGGGAGUGAACUACUUUAGGGACAAGAAGAAGGAUUUUGCUCCUAAUCAUGCGGCAUAUUAUCCUUUUGGUGUUGAUGUAUUUCUAACUCAGAGAAAGAUAGAGCAUCUAGCUCGUUUUGUGGAACUCCCUCCCAUCAAUUCCUCGGGAAAACUCCCUCCUAUUCUUGUUGUGAAUGUUCAGAUACCGUUGUAUCCUACUGGAAUCUUUCAGAGUGAAACUGAUGGUGAAGGGAUGAGUUUUGUUCUGUACUUUAAGCUUUCUGACAGUUACCAGAAGGAACUUUCUCCACAUUUUCAAGAGAGCAUCCUGAAAUUGAUAAACGAUGAAGUCGAGAAGGUCAAAAGUUUUCCUGUAGAUACGAUUGUACCUUUCCGGGAAAGAUUGAAGAUAUUGGGCCGCGUUGCAAAUGUGGAAGACCUGCACUUGAGCGCUGCAGAGAGGAAGCUUAUGCAGGCCUAUAAUGAAAAACCAGUUCUUUCACGACCUCAGCAUGACUUUUAUUCGGGAGAAAAUUAUUUCGAGAUUGAUAUAGAUAUGCACAGAUUCAGUUACAUCUCUAGGAAAGGUUUUGAAGCAUUCCUAGAUCGACUGAAGCUCUGCAUCUUGGAUAUCGGUCUCACAAUUCAGGGAAACAAGGCCGAAGAAUUGCCGGAGCAGUUGCUCUGCAGUAUCAGGUUGAGUGGAAUUGACUACAGGAAUUACCAGCAAUUGGGGUUAAACCAGGACCCACCCCUUUGAUUGGCUUGAUUAUUAAAUCAUGUAAUGCAUUGAUCAUUAUCAAUCACUAUAUAUUUUCUAUUCGUACUAAUAAAAGAGCAAAUGUUCUGUGUCUGUUUCCUGUGGUGGGCAAUCGUUUCUUGCCUCCACAAGUUCAUAUUGCUGCAGCAGAGUGUAAAAUGUCUUGGGUUAUCUUUUGAACAUCCAUUCGCACUUUGCAGUGCUCAAAAGAAACCCAUCAAAGAAAAGCCUUGUCUGGAACUUAGGAAAGUUCUCUGUAUUCUCAAUGAGAUGAGAAAGGAUGUAGAUGCCCGAUGAAAAGAAUUCAUGCCCUGUUGCUUGGUUUC